UACUGGCAGUUGAGUGUUGUAUAUCCAGCAGUAAACAGCUCCGGUUCCACAAAAGUCCUUUUUAUUUUACAAGUGUCAAAGUUUCUUCAAAGUUUCUCUGCUAUUUCAGCAUUUUGAAUCAUAAAAAAGCAGCUCGACGGGAACAUGUCUAUCUAUCAAAAAAGGUCGCUGGGAAACUGCUAUUCCUUGAUGCUGACUGCAAUAGUUCUGUUGGCGACAGUGAGUCAUGCAGCGAGCCAGCGCGUUUCCAUCGUGGAGCGUCUCAAAGCACUGGACAAAGGAAUACGCCAAGGAUUGCAGCGUCAAAAAACUGAAUUACCUAUUUUUACACCUAUUUCACCCCAAGAUGAUCUUCCUUUGAAAAGUGUAAUUUACGAUCAAGAGCAGCAAGAAACGGCCACCCAUUCGCAGCAAACAGCGGUCAACACCCUCAUGCCAGUGUUAGGCCCUAAACCGGCUGAGCAGAUAAAUCAAAAGGCUGAGUUGCAACAGUUGGGCGUUUCGCCAGAAGAUGCUGAUGGAACUUCAGAUUUAGUUCGUCAACUUACGGAAAGUUUUGAAGAAGAAGACGAGGAGGAGUUGACUGACGUGGAGGUCAUGACGAGCAAAGAAGGGAAUUUGGCUGUAGAGGAGGGUAUUCGUGACCGAAAAAAACCGGUUGCUAAACCGACUAAAUACCACUAUUAUCCGCACAAUCAACAUCUCUACUUGCUACCCGAGUGCGCUACACAGCAGGUAUGCAAUGCCGUCUACACACGAUUUAACUUUACGCAACCACUCUGUGCCUGUGCAGAUCGCUUUCAGGGCCCUUGCUCUGCUAGUAUUGCCCGAAACGAUUUUCAUACAAUCGAAGUUGGAAUGAAGAAAAAUAUCAAAAAGGGAACCGGAAAAGCGGGGCGCGGAUUCAAAUCACCAACCUUGGUAAAAACCUGUGAAGAGACCAAGUUAAUUCGUGAAUGUCGCUCACCACAAGAUUGGGCAUUGCUCGCCCUCCAGAAUGUUCGCACGGGAAAGUCUCAGUAUCUUGUCAUCUGUCGCUGCGAACAAGGCGAACUAGAUGGACCCAUGAGCCAUGACCAGCCAGCUUAUGCUCGUGUACCAGGAAUCCGCGUUUACGGUAUGAUGUGUAACAGCGGGAACGGGACAAAUAACCGCAACGGACGUAUUCAGCGAUCAAGUGGUACCAAACCCGAGGAAUUUCCGUGGGAGAAGGUACUCGGGUUUUCAUCGACACUUAACUGGACGGAAUAAACCUUCUUGAAGUAGCGCAAUACUACACUGGAUUAAUUACGGAAAUAAAAAAGUAUAGAUCUUAUUCCAACUAAAAGUACCUGUCAACCAUAGUUGUAGCGUAUAUUAUGGUAUGCACGUGGUGCCCUACUGCGGCCUCUCACCAAACUAUGCUUCCCAUUUGGCUUGACUUAUAUACCCACACACAUGAAGAUGCAUCUGCUUGGUGGGAAGCAUGAGUAGUAUAUAGGUAGUCAAGCUCAAAUAAAAGUUUAGUUGGGCUGUAGGCCACAGUGGUGCGCAUUGGCGCGAAAGCUGCGCACCACUUUUGACUUUUCGUCUACUUUUAGUUGGAAUGAGAUCUAUACGGAAAAUUUCAUUAUGCAAUUUAUCGUGGAAUGCAGAAACAAGCUGCUCCAUCAGAAAUAACGUAUGACAAUAUUUAAAUAAUAAUACUUUUCUUUUUGUUCUGCAGGGUUGCUUAUUCCUUAUUUUGCAACCUUAAUUAUUUGUUAUUAGUUGGUUUCUAAAAAGUCAAAUUCUCGUUUCCUUCUUAUGUUUCUAUAUAUUUUGUUUGUAAAUAUCUGACUAUUUUGGAUUUAUAUACUAACGCUAAUUCAUUUAAAAUUUCCAUCCAUAAAUCUAAUAGAUGAAAUAAAGAUCAUUUGAAAUUUGUGGACUAUUUAGUAUUUACCAUCUUUUUUUUCAAAUACAUAAAAGUAAACCAUA